CAAAUUCGUUACACGGCACCGAAGAGCUCAAACCUUCCGAAUGGGAUUACCACCUAUAUAUAAAGAGGAAGCUGUCGGGGCAUCAAAUAGUUCAAAGAACUGUCUUAAAGUGUUCAGGUUAUUGGAUUGCAACCAUUUUGCUGAAAAUGAUAAAGGAAAUAGUUUUUUUGGCAAUUUUCGCUGUUACGUUAAGCAGCGCAAUUCCCGUUGAAGAUGUCCCCUCAGCAAAUGCCCCACCGGUUCCCGUAGAAAGCGACGCAAAACCCAGCGAAAGUGAAGGCGAUUUGGCGGGAGCAGAAAGUGCAUGGGGAGGAUAUGGCCGUAGAUUUGGUGGAUAUGGAGGAUGGGGUGGUGGAUAUGGCGGAUGGGGACGCGGAUACGGUGGUGGAUAUGGAAGAGGAUACGGCGGAUGGGGUGGUGGAUACGGCGGAUGGGGAUACAGAGGAGGCUGGGGCGGAUAUUGGGGCUAAAAAUACAAAUAUAUUUCAAUAAGUUCAGCGUUUACAUAUCAUUG